UCAGAAUUUCAGAACACAUAAGUAAAGAACUCGUUGCGCGAUAAAUGUGAGCAUUGUGAGCACAGAUUUUGUUCCAUUUAACUAUUAAAUUAUAAACGGGUCAAUUAGCCAUCAAAACCUAUUUAAAUUCACAUUUAGUUAAAUUUACCAAGACGAUUCUAUUCAGAUUUUUAUCAAGAAUGGUGCAGAAAGGUCCUCGUCCUUUGGUGCUGUGCGGACCCUCGGGGUCUGGCAAGAGUACUUUGUUGAAGCGUCUUCUGAAAGAAUUCCCGGAUAAAUUUGGCUUCAGUGUGUCACAUACUACAAGGAAUCCACGUCCAGGCGAGAAAGAUGGUGUGCACUACCACUUUACUACCAAAGAGGAAAUGAGCGCGGCUAUAGGUCGAGGAGAGUUCAUAGAAAACGCCACUUUCAGUGGCAACAUGUAUGGAACAAGUAAACAAGCCGUCAAUGAUGUGCAAUGUAGUGGAAGAAUCUGUGUGUUGGAUAUUGAAAUCGAGGGUGUUAAACAAGUGAAGAAAACUGAUCUCAACCCACUGCUGGUCUUUGUGAUGCCACCUUCCAUUGAGGAGUUGGAGAGGCGACUCCGUGCACGCAACACUGAGGAGGAAGAAGCUUUGAAGAAGAGGUUGGAUACUGCUCGCAAAGAAAUCUUAUUUGGUCAGGAGCCAGGAAAUUUCCACAUCAUAAUUCUGAAUGAUAAUCUGGACAAGGCAUAUUCAGAACUGCGUGAUUUCAUUUCUCAAAACAUGGAAGAAAAGGAGCGAGUAUGGUGACAUUAUCAGAAGAGGUAAUCAGAAAUAUUAAUUAACUAACAAAGCAAAUAGAGUGCUUUAUCAAUUAACCUCUUCAUGAAGUAACCAGAUAACAUAUUACAGAUAGGGAUACUAUCAAAUAGUUAUGAAUUCACAUGUAAUAGAUAGGUAUAGAACAUUUUUUCAUAUAGCCAAGUUAAACUGUAAUGUAAUAACAAUCUUUUGUGAAAUACUUUAUUCAUGAAAUUGUAUAUUGAAAGUCUGAGCUUUUAAUUAUGCUGUAAUCACUAUUUUAUGAAUGCAAUGCUUUUGAUGAUUUUUGUUUGCAAAUUAUUGACUUGUUGAUAUGCAAAAAAAGUUAUUAUUUCUUAUACUAUCUUUAUUUUUAACAAAGUUUUGAAGUGAAAGGGUGACCACCAGAUAAGUUCCCGCUAUUUUAACAUUCAUAGACUAUAACAUGUGUUGUGUUGUUUUUUUUUGACGUGUGUUUAUAACCCAACUAACAUUAUUCCUCACAGAUGCGGAGGGAGACUCUCAGGCAGACAAGUGAACAAUCUGCAUGAAGCAUGAUAUUACCCCCCAAUGCAUAAUGAGCAUACAAUGAUAUCCUCAUUUUAUAAUAUUGUUAAAUUGGUGUUAGUUGUGUGUUUAACACUAAUAUUUGGCCCCAAUAUACAUAUUGAAAACAAAUCUAUAAAAAAAACUACCUCCUAUUAAAUGUUUAAGUACCCAGUAUUGUAUUGCCAUAAAAUGGUGAAGUUUAUUCAAAAUGAUAAGGUGUUUAGAAGUCACAUGUUUAUCGUGGUUGUUGUUCAAAUUUAUUAGAUGUUAUAAAUGUUAGAUGGCAAUCACUUAUGGCAUAUAUUUUUACAAAUUUUCAACAAAGUUGUGUCUUGAUGUGUCUAGACUCAUUUUGAUUAGUGAGUAUAAUAAUGCAUAUAAUAUUUUGAUCAUAAGAAGCUACAAAAGCUUCACUAAAUAAAUUAGUAGAAUUUUGAAAAAGAAUCUUAUUGUCUGUAAUGUAUGUGUAUUAUUACUAUGUGGAAUUGCUUUUACAAAGUCCCAAAUUUUGCCAUCCGCUUUGGAUGGGUAUGGUACCUAGCUAAAGCCUAGUCUAAGCUUACCAUUUAGUUUUGUAAGUGUGUAGUUCAAAUUUUAAUGUUAUUUAUGUUAGUGAAACAAUUCCAUUCUCAAAUUUACCCAUAAGCAUUUAUAAUAAUUAUAUAAUUUUUGUGAAUAUUUGUAGCUUCAUUGACAUGAUAGCUAGACUUUCUCAACAUUCCAUAAUAAGUCAUUUAAAAAAUGUAGUCUUGCGAUAAUUUAUUACUUUAAUAGACCCACCAUCUUUUGUGCCAAAUUUUAUACAAUUUGAGCUAUUGUUUUCAUUAAAAAAACUAUCUUAAAACUAGCGUGCAAUUUAUUCUAUAGAUAAGAUGUACUUAGAAACUUAGAAAAAGUAAACUUAUCAAUUAUUAAAUUCAUGUAGUAAAAGGGCAAUUAUUCUCAGAUUUAUCGAUUAAAUUUUAAGUUUCAGAAUAUUUAUAAAACUAUUAAGUACAUAUGACUUAAAUGCAAUCGAACUUAAAAAAUACCUACUUAAGUAUGCCUAAAAUACUAAAACUUUUUUAACGAGAUAUACUGCUUCCUACACAUGAACUGCUUUAUAAUGAUAAUAAUUUGGGCUUUACUUAUAAGAUUGUAACUCCCUGUAAACUGAAAUCAUUCAUGUAAAAUGUACAAUAAUUAUAUUUUUAUAUGUUUGCUUAUAGCUGUUCUUCGAGGAUUCUGAAGAAAAGCAGAGCUGAGAGGUUCUUCUAUAUUUAAAGAUAUAUAUUUUUAGUACUAUCGCUAAUAAAUACUCGUCUAUUAGAAUAUAAUAUCACCUUGAAAUGAUGAUAUACACUUUCUAAGAGCCAGCUUUUUAAAAUAUUUAUUAUUUUUUGAAUGUAUACUUUGAGGAAUGCAUUCUUAUUGUUAUAUUUUUUUGGGGCUUUUUGUGUAACUACCAAACCAUCUCCAUAUUUUUUGGUGUUCAAUUUUAAACCAUUCCAAGAUACUAGCGUUGCUGUACUGCUAUAUAUGAAAUUAUUGUGAUUUGCAUAAUUUUGUUAUUUAUAUACCUAACUACUAUUUAUUCCAAAUAAUGUGUUGCGUUUGCAAUAUUCUUAUUUAACGCAAAUUAUAUGUGUUAAGUGUUGUGAGAAUAGCAAUUAAAACUUAUUUGAAAUCAUAA